AGGAGAGGCGCCCGGGGGGGCUCUGCAAACUCCUGCAACUCCUCCAGCCCCAGCCCCAGCUCCAGCCCCGUCUCGGGCAAGCCCCGAGCCGCUGAUCCGCUCUCCCCAGCCGGGCCGCGGCCGCGCCUGCGCUGCCCGGGGAAGGCGGGGGGGGACCGGGGAAGCCCGGCGGGAGGUGACAGCCGCCGAGGGGGCGCAGGGCCCGGCUGGCUGCCGGCUCGGCCCCGGGCUGCGCCGCAGGCACGGUCGGCGGCCGCCCCCCCCUCCCCCGGAGCUGUGUCACCGGCGGCGAGGAGCGAGGAUGAGGGCUGCGGAGCGGCGCUGGGGGGCGGCAGCCGCCGGCAGCGGGGGCUCCCCGGCGGGCCCGCGGCCCCUCGAGCGACGCGGCGGCAGGACGGAGCCGCAGGAGCCUCCGGCAUCGGACACGUGCGGCGGGGCGGCCGGCGGCCGCGGCUAGGGCCACCCCCGUCCCCUCCCUCCUCCUCCUCCUCCUCCUUCUUCUCCUCCUCCUCCUCCCUCCGCGCUAUGCUGCACGCCCGCCGGGCCCCUCAGCGCGCCGGGCGCACGGCGCCGAUGGAGCCGAGCGGGCCGCUCUGAGGCCGCCGCCGGUCGCAGCAUGGCCUCGGCGGGCAGCCCGGCGCCGCGGAGCCCCGGGGCGGAGCGGCCGGAGGCGGGUGCGCGGUGCCGCAGCCUGCCCGUGCUCGGCUCCCCCCUGGCGGCCGGGGGCGGCGGCGGCGGCGGCGGCGGCGGAGUCCCCCCGGGCCACGCCGUCUCGGCGGCUCCUGCUCAGGACGAGGGAGCCGGGGCUGCCCGGCCCCCGGCAGCCGCCGCCGUCGGGAGCCUGCCCCGCAGGACGGAGGUGCCGAGCCGGGGGGUGCCCCCCGGAGCGCCCCCUCCGCCGGCGCUGCUGCUGGCGGGGCCGCCGGGCAGAGCGUGCCUGCGGGCGGUGCUGGCGGACUCGCGGUUCUUCUUGGUGUGCAUGUGCUUCCUGACCUUCAUCCAGUCCCUCAUGGUGUCCGGCUACCUGAGCAGCGUCAUCACCACCAUCGAGCGGAGAUACAGCCUGAAGAGCUCGGAGUCGGGGCUGCUGGUCAGCUGCUUCGACAUCGGGAGCCUGGUGGUGGUGGUGUUCAUCAGCUACUUCGGGGGGCGCGGGCGGAGGCCGCUCUGGCUGGCCGUAGGGGGGUUCUUCAUCGCGCUGGGGGCCGCGCUCUUCUCCCUACCUCACUUCAUCUCCCCGCCGUACCAGAUCCAGGAACUGAACUCCUCCGUCAGUAACGAGGGCUUGUGCGUGACCGGCAAUGGCACCGCCAAAGAGCAGUGGGACUCGCCGGCCUGCGUCAAGGACUCCGGUGGCAAUGAUCACUCCCUCUAUGUAGCUUUAUUCAUUUGUGCCCAAAUCCUCAUUGGCAUGGGCUCGACACCCAUCUAUACUUUGGGACCAACCUACUUGGAUGACAAUGUCAAGAAAGAAAACGCCUCGCUUUACCUAGCUAUCAUGUAUGUAAUGGGAGCACUUGGUCCUGCAGCUGGCUACUUACUGGGAGGACUUCUUAUUGGUUUCUAUGUUGAUCCUAGGACAACUGUUUAUAUUGACCAGAGUGAUCCCCGAUUCAUUGGAAACUGGUGGAGUGGAUUUCUCCUUUGUGCCAUUGCAAUGCUCCUUGUGAUAUUUCCAAUGUUUACCUUUCCAAAAAAGCUUCCUCCUCGACAUAAAAAAAAGAAAAAGAAAAAGAAGAUGAACUCUGAUGAUGUUUCAAGUGAUGAUGAAGUCAUGAAAGAGAAAACAAAUAGCAAAAUACAAGCAGACAGUGCAGUUCCUGCCUCUAUGGGAUUUGGAAAAAAUGUUAAAGAGCUUCCAAGAGCAGCUGUCAGGAUCUUAAGCAACAUGACAUUCCUUUUUGUGAGUUUGUCAUACACAGCUGAGAGUGCCAUUGUUACAGCUUUUAUUACCUUCAUUCCCAAGUUCAUCGAGUCACAGUUUGGCAUCCCAGCUUCCAAUGCCAGCAUCUACACUGGUGUGAUUAUUGUUCCAAGUGCUGGUGUUGGUAUUGUCCUAGGCGGCUACAUUAUCAAAAAACUGAAACUUGGUGCAAGAGAGUCUGCAAAGUUGGCUAUGAUCUGCAGUGGUGUGUCUUUGCUGUGCUUUUCAACUCUCUUCAUUGUUGGAUGUGAAAGCAUUAAUCUAGGGGGAAUAAAUAUACCUUAUACAACUGGUCCCACUCUUGCCAUGGCCCACAGGAAUCUGACUGGGAGCUGUAAUGUGAACUGCGGAUGUAAGAUUCAUGAGUACGAGCCUGUCUGUGGAUCAGAUGGAAUAACAUAUUUUAAUCCUUGCCUAGCUGGCUGCAUCAAUGGUGGAAACCAUAGCACAGGGGUAAGAAAUUACACAGAAUGUGCCUGUGUCCAAAGCCGCCAGGUUAUCACCCCGCCAACAGUGGGCCAGCGCAGUCAGCUCAGACUGGUUAUCGUCAAAACCUACCUGAAUGAAAAUGGCUAUGCUGUUUCUGGGAAGUGUGAUCGAACCUGCAACACGCUCAUCCCAUUCCUGAUAUUUCUUUUCAUUGUGACCCUUAUAACAGCGUGUGCCCAGCCGUCAGCAAUCAUAGUGACACUCAGGUCUGUGGAAGAUGGGGAACGGCCCUUUGCACUAGGAAUGCAGUUUGUUUUAUUACGUACUCUUGCUUACAUUCCCACUCCAAUUUAUUUUGGGGCUGUUAUUGAUACCACAUGCAUGCUUUGGCAACAGGACUGUGGCGUACAAGGAUCUUGCUGGGAAUACGAUGUCACCUCAUUUCGUUUUGUCUACUUUGGAUUGGCCGCUGCUCUCAAAUUUGUGGGAUUCUUUUUUAUUUUUCUGGCCUGGUACUCCAUUAAGUGUAAAGAAGAGCAACUACAGAGACAGAGGUGGAGGGCUUCGCCGGUGAACACUGUGAGUGAGAUGGUUGGCCAAGCUGGACUCCAACAAAACUAUGCACGGACUAGAUCCUGCCCUACCUUCAGUUCUCGAGGAGACAUUGGUGUGGCACAAGGAAUGAACUGCGUAGCACAGACAUACCCUGGCCCUUUUUCAGAAGCAAUAAAUUCCUCAAAUGAAAAUGCAUUGGAAGAAGUCACUGCUGAGAUAUAGACCCCUGGUUUGGUAAUGUAAUGUUUAGUUUUGUUGGUUGACUUAAUUAUGGCGCCUUGUAAAACACCUGUGCCUUCUAUUUUUAAUCUAAAUGUAACACAUGAUAAAAACCAACAAAGCUUAAUGCAAACAACCAUAGUAUGUUCCUGAGGGCUGGAUACCUCAAACCAACCCAAGUUCUUAUUUCUCCCUUCCUGACAAUGGAGUUUUAAAAAUUGUGUUUGUAAUUAUUUCAGAUGUGUCCAUUAAAUGUCCAUGCUCUGAUCUAAUAUCAACGUAAGGGUGAGGUAUUAUGAACAGCAAAAGUCAGUGAAAGAGUGACAAAAACUCAUAUUGUUGAUGUCUAGAUGUCACAAAAAUGCUUAAAUGUAUCAUCAGCUUCACAUCUGCAAAUUCUGUUUUUAAGAGAUGAGUAAUUACUGUGAGUUCUGCUACAAAGCACAACUAAACUUAUUUAAACUAUGCAACUUACUUGGAUAAUUGUAUGUGCAGCAAAUUAAGUUUAAAGUUUGCUUUUAAAGACAUCAUUGUGACUCAAUUUGAAAGGGGCUAUUUUCAGACAUAAGCAUUAAAAUAAAAAAGAACAUAAGGUUUAAAGUACUGUUAAUAUCACAUUAAGCCAUACAAAAGUUCUGCAUCAGGUAAUGUUUGCAAAUAUUGAGACAUAAUAUCUUUAUCCUGUCAAAAUGUUUGAUAAUUUUCAAUUAAUUGGAUGCAGUCAUUCUUCACAAAGUACACAGGCUAGGAAAGUAUAAUGCUUGGAGAAAAAAAAAAACACACAACAAAAAACCUUCAGUAUUAAUUUGUAAUAACACUGGGAUAUUGGAGUCAUAUGAACAUACCAGACCAGACAUGCAUACUUCUGCAAUGAUAUUGGCAGUUAUUUGAGUGGCUGUUAUUAGUACUGAAUCCAUACUUUUCCUGAAGAAGAAAAUAACCAGUUAUAGCUUGAUAGGACGUGCUUGGCAGCACUUCAGAAGUCUAGUUCAGCUUUGGUGAAGAAACCUCCAGGGAGAGUUAAUGGUCCUGUUUCAUGUCUGGCGGGCUGUGUGGGACCUGGUGGAGCCCUCACAGCAGGGAUCGGGGCCAAAGCAGCACCACUUGCUGCAGGACUCAGCAGAGAAACCCUUCAAGGUGGCUGAGAGCAUGUGAGCUGCCACGGUGCCUGGCAUGAGGUUUUCCUCUUGACUACUGGCACCUCUGCAGUGCUGUGCUCCCCACCAGCAGCAUUUCUGCCCCUGUUCUGCCUCUCCUGCUGCCUGGCAUUGGGGCAGGGUGGAAGAACAGCCCUGGAAGUCAUAGUUGUAUGGUUUGUUCCACAUGUGGACAACUUACCUCAGCUUCAUUUAAAGCUUUCCAUGAAGGCAAAGCAUGGCUCUCCUCCACCCUUCCAGGGAAGAGCUAGGAACAGAAGUUGUCUGUAAGCACGGACCUAUGGGAUGUGAAGUGGCCAUUGCUUAUUCCAAAUUACUAUGGUGUGUUUUCUCCCUUGGAGGUGCUGAGACUUUCUCAUCAAAUGUACUUAGCAUUUCAUAUCUUACUCUGGAGGCUUUGUAGUGUCCUUCUUCUGAUGUACUAAUGAUGUCUCAAAGGGCAGAGAAUGAUUUCAGGCGGACAUCAGGAAGUCAAAGCUGUAUUUUACCCUACAGGGAAAGUCUUAGAAGUUUAGGAAAUUAAAAGCACUCUUUUAAGAGGAAUCAGUGAUGGGCAGGUUUGGGUUUUGUCAUGUGGGGAGCCUGCAUGAAAAUAAAUAACAGAGAGCAGAACUUUGGGAAUGUAAGAAAGAUUUUCUUCCUGGAUUUUUAAUUUACAAUAUGUAAGAUGAUUGAAUAUUAUAUGGAACCAAGUCCUGUUUCCCUUGAAAUUAAAGGAAAUACUCAUUUUGGUACCUGGGAAGAGUAGAUUUCCCUCUCCUUCUCCUUUGCUGGUUGCCUUCCAUCAUCUCCUGUCUCUUCUUGACCAACAUAUGGGCUUAACCACAGGGCUGGUUUCCCUGCUUGAAAUGCUGGCUGCUUAUUUCACAAUGUCUCAGUCCAUUUAUGUGGCUUGUAAUGACUUCCACUCUGUGGCUACAGAUUCUGAUGCUUCUACCCCAAAAUACAGCAGAGAGGAAUAUAAUUUAAAUCACCUCCUGCUAUUCUGUACAUAGUAACAGGUUUUCAGGGUCAAUAUUUUUUUGUUUGUUUGUGCAGCCACUGAGCACGUUUAAAACCCUAUGUUUAAACCCCACGUUUAAAACAGUUUAAAAUCCUAGCCAGCUUGUGCCACCUGAGACAUUAGCUUCUAUACUUCUCAUCUCGAGGAGUAAAUUUCCUUGUCUCAGAGGUACAGGGUACAUUUUUUUUUUCCAUAGGAUCAGAAUAGAUGUUAAAAGUGUCUCCUUCUCUUACAGUUUUUAAUGCUUCUUGCACAAAGAAAUUCAUGCCAUGGCAAAAUUUGAGGCAAAGUAGUAGGACAAAAUGUAAUUGCAGCCCAUCACCCAUCCACUUUAAUCACUUGCCCAUUUUAAUCAGUAUGGGAUGAGGUGAAGAGAGACAAUCUUCAAAUACCUCAGAAACAGAGCAUUUAGGGAAUCAUAAAGAGGCUGAAGAUGAAUCAUCUCUCCCGAUUUACUCUAUUUCAUGCCUUGUGUGCACGUCUUUUCCAUACAAAUAACAAGUGAGAGCAGAUUAGGCUUGUAGGAUUGUCAGGAGCUAACACUGAUGACAGAGAAUGAGAGUUAUGUAAGUGACACAUCUGCAACUGCUGCAGCUUCUGAGCUGAUUUCAAAGGAAUUCGGAGCUUGUCAGAACUGAGAACUUCUGUUUUUUAGGAUGUCCUGACACCUCAACUUCUAAAAACAUUCUUUUAUUUAUUUAUUUAUUUAUUUUUAAAAAAGGUCUGAGAAAUUGGAAUGUAGAGGGAAAGAUGCUCCCUUUGGAAAUGCUGAAAAACCUGUGUUUACAUACCUUCUGUAGCCUUUUAAUUUUCCUUUCAAAAUUAUAUGCUUAGCAAAAAUAACAUCAAAAUCCUUUAGUAUUUUUGAUAUAGAUAAUUAUUACAAUAUAUUUCUACAAAAUCAUGUAAUUAAAUCAGCAUCCUGUGAAGGAAAGAAAACCCAGCCUCUGGCCAAUUUUUGAUUUGUUCCUGAAGGAGGCUUUAUUAUGAGUAAGCUGUAACAGUCUAAAAUAAGCCAAUAAAGGCAUGCAGGGUAAAAACAGUAACUCAUUAGAGAAGUCAAUUCCAGUGUUGUCAACACUGACUGAAAUAUGGACUGAGACCUGCUGAGCAAACACUAUUUUCGGAGGCUAUCAUUGCUGAAGGAAGCAGAGUUGUCAUGAAACUGCCUGACCAUGAAAUGUAAAGUUCCAAAGUCAUUUUGGUUUAAUUUGUUGUAAGUGCUGCCCUCCUCCUCUCUACCCACAAACGCUUAACUUUGGUUAGCAGCAAGCACAAGAAAAGGUAAGGCAGGGGUCCUGUUCAGCCACACGCUGCUGUUGGUAGGCAAAGUAUGCUACCUGCAGUUAACCAGCCAGGGAUAAUAUGGAGCAAUGACAAAGAGAGGUUAACUACAAGUCCCCAGGGAGGCUUCAUGCUAUGAGGAUUGCCUAAAUUCCUCUUGCACCAGUUAUUCCUAGUUUAGAGAAAUACAUGAAUGAUACAUGAAAAAAUGACUGAAGAGAUUAUCCUCCCAUCCUGGCUUAGCCUCCCAUUCAUACGUGUUUCCGUAAAAAAGGGAAGAUUUUAGAAAGGGAAUAGCCAUAGCCUUGGGUGCGUAUGUGCACAGUACUGUUAGUAGAGUAGUUUGUAGAGCUUCCAGUUGUGGUCUUGGCUGGUAUAGCUGGAGAGUGAAUGCCUGUAGUUCCAAUACUAGGCAAAGCCCUGUAUUUCUGGUCCUCUUUUCCUCAUGAGCAUACUGGGUAUAAUACGGUAUAAUUUGGAACUGGUGUUUUGGAGCUAUCCGUUCAGGACAGUGUAAACAGCUACCAGAAAUGAGUUGAAUGUUACGGUGCAAUUGAUAUGUAAUUGGAAGCUUUCUGCUCUUUGUCCAGCCAUUUUACCUUUAAAAAUACACGUAAUAACAUGCUGUUCUUCAGAAUUUGCUGUUCUGUAAGUGAACUAGGGGAACAAAUCUCCUCCUAGAUAUUAGAAAUAUAUUUGAAAGCUCCUAAAUUAAUUACAAACAACUGAGUGUAGUAUUUUCAAACAUAUAUGCUUGCUUUUUUUUUUUUUUUUUUUUUUUAAAUAUAGCUCAUAAAUUUAUAGCAUAACUAUUUAUUCAUUAUGGCUCAGAUCCAACAGAACACUUAAAUACAUUGUAAGUUUAUAUAGUUAAGUGAUGCACUUAAAAAUAAUGCAUGUAUAUAGGUGUUGGACUGAAUCCCAUGUGCAUUCAGAAAGGAGUUCCUUUACCCAAGGGGUAAUUUCCAUGCUAAGAUAUCUUUUUUUUCCCCAUGGAUUCAGUGAUCAUUUUCACCAGAAUAGCACAAAGUAGCACUCAAGUACUUCCCUGUGGCAUUCACAUGUGGCUACUUAUAUAUCUGGCAAUGAAGGAAGUUUUCAAUAGCAAAUUUAAGACAGUUCUAAGUAGCAACAUUCAGUGAUAUAAACUGUAAAACUUUUUACUAGAACCCUAACUAGAAAAAGGAAGGGGAGGAGGAUUGAUUACACAGUGAGGGAAAUUAAUAGUCUGCAUACAGAAGCAGAGGGCAUCAUGAGCAUGUCUACACCAGGCAGUAGAGUUAUCUAGCUCCAGAGCAAGAGGCACAAGUCAACUUGUCACCCUGAUGAGGUCAUCUAAUGUCACCUAAUCCAGCCAGAGAUGGCUUGUGUCAGAUCAUCUCAGAUAAUGGUCACGUUAGCAUUCAAAAUAUUUUGUGGACUUGCUCAAAGGUAUACUCUAGAUCUGGAUGACAAAACACACCAUUCAUGUGUUUUAUGAAUUUUGGCUGUAAAUCUAGGUAUUAUGUGUGGAUACAGAUUAAAUAAGGGCAUCUUUUUGGCCAUAAAGACAAUAAAAGACUGUGCCCUUUCACAGAAUUUGGACCUAAAGGUUCAAAUGAUAGUUUUUCAGUAUCUUCCACAUAUGGAAGAGAGCACUGUCUGCUCUGUGGAACUCUGGUGAACAUGGCUGGAGAGAGGGGUCAGCACCUUCUGUACUGUUCUUGCAGAUUUUCCCCCAAAUUGCCUGAAUUACUGCUGCCUUACUACACUUCCUGUGUGUAUAAUACCACAGCUCUUCAUGGUGUUAUAUUGACAUAAAACUGACGAUAAAUAGGUCCAAAGUGUCUUACUGCAAUUUUGGAACCAGAUUCUCAGCCUCAUUGGUCUGACAAUGAGGCUGAAGAACUGGGCCAGUACCUUGUGUUGGACCUUAACAAACUGACACUUUAGCAAGUAUAUGUGAACUAAGUGACAUAAAGCACUUGUUUAGUUUUUAUACUCCGAUCAUUGGUUAGUACUUCUGCUUUUGUAGAUCAAAGACAAAAUAUUUCCUUAACAUGUUUAUCUUUGUCUCUUUUCUCAAUACUCUCUCUUUUAUAACGGCAUAGGAAAUGUUAUGCUGCAUUGUCUGGGUUCCCACAGCUGAAGCCACCCAGCUGUGUCUGCUUUCCAGGGGUUUAAAACACCUGGAAACAGAGAUUUACCUCAACUGCAAUGUGAAUUGGCAUAGCUUUGAACAGAGUGUUUGCUGGUUGUAGAUUAAGUCUGUACCAACAUAUUUCAGGUUUUUCACAUUGGACUUGAUUUUAGAGAUAUUUUUAUCUUUCAGAUUGUUUAAAAAACAGGCAGUUGACAUCAAAAUGGUACGUUAAUUCUUUGGUAUAGAAUUAAGUUUUUGUCUUUUUUUUUUUUCAUAUAUAACAUCUUAUUUUACAAAUAACAAUUGGAAAAGGUAAACAUUGUCACAGAGUAGAAAUGGGAGCCUUCACUGUGGAGAAAAGAUAUGGCCAAAAUUCAUGUGAUUCUUCUUCCUUAACUUUGUUACUGAAUACGUUACUGCACUAAUGCAUGCUAUUACAUGGCCAAAGCUUUGAAAUCUUAGCUGAUCCUCAGAAAGAAAAUUUUCCCUAUCCUUUCCCAGAGUAUGCUACAUAAAGUAAGGAGGACAGCUGGUAAUAUCCAUAUCCAUAUCUGUAACCAGAUAUAGUUAAUAACCGUAAUUUUUAGCAUAAACCCAUGAGCCUCCAGUCCUUCAGAUAAACUAUUUUCUUUCGACUUAAUCCAGCCUUUUAAACACAGGUCUAGCUCCGCAAGUUCAAAGUAGCUCCAAACUUUUACUGGUUUCAGUAAAAUAGAUGCUUAUUUAUUCAGGUUCCAUUCUACUCUUCUAAUGAUUACUUUAUCCAUUGUGUAUACUGUAUUUUAUUUUUUUUCUGUCUCAAAUUAGCUGUCACAAUGUUAUCCUGUAACAUUAUUUUUUUCUUAUGAUAUAGAAUAGGUGAAAAGCUGUGGAAUUCAUGAAGGGCUACAAAAAGCAUCCAAAACAUCGGUCAGCUCAAGGAAAAGUGAGCUUGAUAAUCUUUGGGCUAAACAACACUGUGGUGCUAAUAGGUACUGAAGUAUUUUAUGAUGUAUUCACUAUGACUUAAAUGACAUAUUCAAGACAUGUCAAUUGUGCAACUGCAUGUGUUUUUAUUCUUAAAGGCUGGAACUGCUCCAGCAAAGACAGUGUUUAUAGUUCCUAGUGGUCCAAUUUUGCCUAGCUCUUCUGUGGGAAAGUCACUUUAGGAGGCAGUAUAGGAUUUGACUCAGCACUAAUGGCUAAUGUAGAAGUUAUACAGACCACAGAAAUCUCAUGUAGGAUGUAUUCUUCCUUCUUUAGAAUGUUACUUUAUUUAGUGGCUUUGCAUAUGCAGAGACUGAAAAUAAAUGCUAUGGGAAUGACAGGAAAUUCUGGAACCUCUUAACCAGGCAACAUUAGUAAGAGUUUGUAUUAAAAUGAGGAUUCAGAUCUGAAAUAUUAAUGUUCUUCCAUGAAAUAUCAGAAAGAGAGGGGUGGAAUAAAAACCAGUUCAAGUUGCACCAAUGGAAAAAGGCCAAAUUAGGCCAAUUUUCAAGGGAGCUCAGAUUUAAAAUAGUUUUUUGAUUGUUGUAUCUUUCAGGCAAUAUUUUGCCUUUCCAUUUUGAAUUCUGAAAGAUAAUUAUUUUGUGUUUUUGUGUCUGGACUGCUCAUUCAGAGGAGGCAUUUGUGUCCUAAAUAGCACUAAGAGGUACACCUCAGACUGGUAGGUCAGAAAUUUUACCUCUUUUAACAAAGGUACUUUUGAAAACAUAAAGGGAAAUGUCAAAGCAAACAGUUGUACAAAAUAAUCCUGAAUUGUUUCUGUACAAACAAGAAAAACAACAAAAAAAGAACGUGGAGUCACUGUGAUCCAUGAUUCAGUGAAGGCUUUCCUCCUAACAGACCUGCUCUUUCCUCCACUUGAGCAAAUGGGAGUUUUGCCCUCAGCUGCAGUGCAUACCUCUACCAAAUGAUUUAAGCAGAACAGCAACAAAAUAAUCUGGGUAGCAUGUUAGGAGCAUGGAAUGGGCACACUGCCUGUAAGUGUUUAGUUCUUU